AUGCCGGCCCCGAAGAGAACGGCUUCUACAGAAGGGAAUAGCAGCACCAGCCCGGUGAAGCGCACCCGGCAGAAUUCGCGCGAGGACUCGGACUCUGCGAAAGAACGAAAGCCUGAAGCAACGCCGAAAAAGGAGGCCAAGGUCGAGCCGAAAACCGUCGAAAAGCCGACCCCGACGAAGGAAGUGCCGAAAACUAGCCCGCGUAAAGAAGUACAGAGCGGAGGGACCCCCGUCAUCGCGCCGGCUUCUCCAGUGAAAGAGCCAGAAGCGGCAAAACGGAGGCAAAUUGAGGCCCCGACGCCGGAAGCUGACGCAAAGAAGCCAGCAGCUGCGGCAGCAAGGCCACAGGUCAAACGAGCGCCCAUCAGUGCGGGGACUAUCGAACAGAAGCCAGCUACGGGCGUGAAGGUCCCAGCCAAGAAGCCGGUCGUUGAGCCCAAGAAAGAGUUCUAUGCCCUUGAAGAUAAAUUGGCGACAGAUUUGGGGGCUGAUGCCAUUCUCGCGAACUUUACAACGGCUGCCGAGAAAAUGAAUACUAUGCUUGAGGCAGCGCGAAAAGUCAAGGAUCCUGUACCAUUUUCCGCGCUCGCUACAGUGGCCGCGCUACGGCGUUGCAUGCGACAGAUGAUGGUCAACAAUCGUCAAAUUAAGGAGGAGAUUAGCGCAAGCUUGAAAUCGGUAGAGCAACGCGAUCUUGACUUGCAAAACACGCGGUCGGAAAUCCAGCACGUUCAGAAGGAGAUUGCGAGAUGCCUCGAAUUCCGGUCAAUCGACGAGGAGAUAGAGCUCGAUCCUGUAGAGCUUUUCUACGCCAAUGCGCCGGAAGCCGUUUCUAAUCCCGAGGUAACUAAGGAUAACGAGCACGAGCAGCGGCUGGCCAGGCUGCGUUGGGAGAUGCAACAACGAGAAGAGUUGACAGACACGCUCAGCGAGCUCGAGGUCCGCCGAAAUGUGCUCGUUUCGCAGAUUGGCAAGAAAGAGGCCCGGCUCAAGUCGAUGAGGCCAAAAAUAAAAUCCGUCGGAAAGACCGUGCGACACCUGCGUGAUUCCUUCGGCGCCGUGGCUAGUAAUUCCGAGGAGAUCAGCCGUGCUCCGUCCAGC